AAAUUUCAAACAUAAGACUUAGUUGGUUAGGAUAGAGAAGAUUAUGAUAAUUAGUUGAGACAACACAUUUAGAGCACCGGUAGAUAUGGAUCUCCAAAAACCAAAGCCAAGCUAUCUAGUAUUGAGACCAGUUGUGCCAGAAGAAGAACAGUGGCCAUACGGAAUGCCGCAACUGUCGCAGCCAUCAUCAUCAUUAUCAUUAUCAUCAUCAUCAACGACAGGCUCGACCGACUUGACUAUGGCUGACCAGUGGAUAAACGGUUGGUCCACAUCAUCGUCGCCACCAUCGGCGCCAAUUCGUUCGAUAGGACCGACACAACAGCGAUCGGUUGUCCGAUUCGAUUCGGUUAUACGCUAUCACGACAUACCUAAACAUAAAGUCCAACCGAUUCAACCGAUACCGGGAAAGUCGUCUUUUGGUCAGAUCAAUAAGUUUGAAACGUCCGGUCGCCGAUCGUAUCAAUUGUCAGCCGAUUGGUCAGUAGUGAAUCAUCAGCAGCAGCAGUAUGUUCGCCGUGAUCCCGAACCGACUGCAUCGCGUCGAUCGCCGUUUCCCGACCCCAGUCACCAAUGGUCUGUCAGUACAAGAGGUAGUGGUGGUGGUGCUAACAAAAACAAUACAUUCCAACUCAUGAGUUCGGUUAUCAAAGCAGUGUCGUGUAACCUAAGACGUGGACAGUAUGAUCGAUAUGAAGAAGAAGAACAGUAG